CAUGCUGGGUCCUGUCAGGACUCUGAGACAGGCAAGACAGAAACCAUUCUCUCAGGCAGCUCCCUAGAAAGCUAGAAUGACAGACACACAUCCUAACUCUUCCCUCCCCAGGGAGAAGCUAGGAGUUGGGGCUUUUCUUCUGCUUGUUCUGUGCUGAGCCAGGGGUAGGGAUGGUAGUGAGUGUGUGCCAGUCCAGACCCUCACCUAGAUCUCAGCAGCCCCCAGCCUGGCACCCUGUCACACUUGGAUGCAAACAAGACAGAAGCUAGUCAAAGAGGCAUCCCUGAGAGGCUACAUGUUGGAUGGGCUUGCUCUGUCAAGGCGCCACCUUGUGUCUCCUUCGUUCAGCGUGACAUCCUUCAGACGCUCCUACCGAGGUGACAGCCCAACAGAUUCCCAAAACGACAUGAUUGAAAUCCCUUUGCCUCCAUGGCAGGAGCGAACGGAUGAAUCCAUAGAGACCAAAAGAGCCCGCCUGCUCUACGAGAGCAGAAAGAGGGGAAUGCUGGAAAACUGCAUCCUGCUUAGCCUCUUUGCUAAGGAGCAUCUGCACCAGAUGACGGAGAAACAGCUGAAUCUCUACGAUCGCCUGAUCAAUGAACCCAGUAAUGACUGGGAUAUUUAUUACUGGGCUACAGAGGCAAAACCAGCCCCAGAAAUAUUUGAAAACGAAGUCCUGGCCCUGCUGAGAGACUUUGCUAAGAACAAGAACAAAGAGCAGCGCCUGCGGGCCCCGGAUCUCGAAUACCUCUUUGAAAAGCCUCGUUGAGCUGCACCCGGCUGCUGCCUGCCUGGCCUCUGGCCACGGUCGCUCGCUCCUCGUGACGGAUCCCGGCCUUGCUGUCCUGCUUUUCUCCUUAGACAGACGCUCAGCCCACCCAGACCGUUGGUCCUUCCACCCGGGAUGGGCCCUCCUCACUCUGAGGACAUGUAGGUGUCCAGGGUAUCCCAUUUUAAGACCUUUUGGCUCCAUUCUAAGCCUCAGAUGCGGUUGGUCCAUGUUCCCGGUGCUCAGGCCCGCUGUUUCUCUGGCUCCCAUCUCCACGGCAGGCCUCUGCCACAGGAGGCCACGGUAGGGGAGCGACUGGGCCGCUCGUUGCUUCAGCCAGAAGUGCGUUCGGUGGAAAGGAGCCACCAGCUGCACCUGCCGUGCUGGUGGAAAGCUCCUUGGGUGGCCCAGGGCUUUGUUCCAGUGAAACUCCCCCUUCCAACCCGGUGUGGUGCUUGCUGCCACGGGAAGCCGAUCCAGGCCCCCCUACCCCCACCGCCAGCAGAAUCCUUCAAAGGCCCAACAGGCAGAACGAGGGCGGCCAGCAGGAAUGGCGGGGCCAUGCUGCUUCAGAAGCAGCUUCCCCAUCGGGUUUGCUCUAAAAGGUCCCCUUUGUAAACUGAACGAUAAUUGAUUAUUAAAGAAGAGUUUAAAAAAGGAAAA